AUGGCGCUUCUAGAGAAGUUGAGGGAUACCGGUUACUGUGGGCGUCGCAAUUAUAGUCAUAUCCUGCAGACGAGAGCCUGGGGCAUGGUUGGGGUGCAUGUGCUGUGGUUGGUGUCUAUGUAUGUACGUAUGUAUGUAUGGAUGUCACUGCGUAUGUUGCGGAGAGCUCGGGGGUGUCCAUGUGCAUGCCCGAGUCGAGCGGACAGGCCUACCAACGGCUGCAACGCACAAGACAGUGUCUAG